GAAUUGAAUAUUAUCAACAAAAAACGACCGAACUAGUAAAUUCUCUGGUCUCCAUCUUCUCUCUUUGGUUCACACGCAAACACUCAUAUAUAUAACACAUAAGCACACUGUCACUAAUGCUUCUCUCUCUGUCUCUCCCCCCUUUUUCUAUAUAUUGACAAGCUUGUGAUCUAUACUCUCAAGAUCUGUCUGAACCGUGAGUGGAUUCCUAGGAGGUUUUCAGAGAGAAAUAAUGGCUCCACUAAAGUACUUGUGUUUUAGAAAGAUACUGUUGUUGUUGUUGCUCUUUUUCAUUCUCUUUUCUUGUUCUUCUUUCUUUGUUACUUUUGCCUCAUCAGAGGCUUCUGUUGACGGUGAGCUACAACAAACACAAUCCUUAGAUCUACAUUUUAGAGUGAGAAGAUUGUUGGUGAAAGAUCUAGAAACAGGUGAUGAUGUUGAAGAAACUAGUCCUCCUGCUCGCAAGAAGAAGAAGCUUACUGAUUCUGUUUCAUCAACACCAGCUGGUACUAAGAAGAAUCAAACCAAGCUCAUUAAACCAAUCUCUUCUUCCACCAAGAACCAGACUAAACUCGCCAAGACUACUAUGUCUUCCAAACUCAACUCCACCAAAUCAUCUUCCAACACCACCAAGGCCGGAUCAGACCUCAAGAAGCCCAAAUCCUCAAAUUCUACUUCUUCCACCAAGAAACCAGCAGAUCUGUCCAAAUCAAGCUCAUCAAAGAACAAAACCACCACAAAAACCCAAAGCUCCAAGCUCUCUCCUCCCCCACAGAAGAAGAAAACACCACCAUCCUCUUCAAAACCAGUGACCAAGCCCAAACAAGCAGAGAAAGCAAUCAAACCAUUCUGGCUAGACGACGAGGAAGACGAAGACUUCGUCAGCGAGUUCAGAGACCUCCCCACGAGAUUCCAAAGAUCACUGAUCCCAGACCUAGAGAGAAUCUCAACCACAUCCAAAAGCUACAUCAACAAAGCCAACAAAGAGAUCACCAAGAACUUCAAACCUUACUUCGGCAACAAAUACUCACCGACCAUCGCCUCAGUAGUCUCCUUCGUCUUCAUCCUCGUCCCUCUCCUCCUAGUCUCCCUCGUCUUCAACCGUUUCAAAGCCUACUUCUCCCUCCAGAAACUCCUCAUCUUCAUCCAAAUCUACCUCUCCAUCUACUUCUCUAUCCUCUGCCUCUCCUCGCUCGUCACCGGCAUCGAGCCUCUCAAGUUCCUCUACGCCACGUCGAGCUCGACCUACGUCUGCCUGCAGAUCAUGCAGACCUUGGGCUACGUCUUCUACCUCUUGCUUCUCCUCAUGUACCUUGUUCUCGUAUUCUCGACUGAUUGUAGUUUGGGCCUUAAGGUACUGGGCUUGGCUCAGACGUUCGUGGGUUUCGCGGUGGGUUUGCAUUAUUACGUGGCGGUGUUUCAUAGGGUGGUGCUGCGUCAGCCUCCGAAGACGAACUGGAAGGUGCACGGUGUUUACGCCACGUGUUUUCUUCUCAUCUGUCUGUUGUCUAGUGCGGAGAGGAGGAAGAAAGAGUACUUGGAAGAUGGCGGUGACGAAGGCAAGAAAAACUGAAAUUUUUGCUUUUUAUAUCACUCUUUUUUCCCUUUGUUUUUAUAUUUAAUUUCGAUAAAUUCGGCAAAAUUUGCUGAAAAUGCAAUAGAAGAACACAUUACUAGUGGAGGUUGGAGAUAUCUACUUCAAUUGUAUUUAUAAAUCAAUCUAUAAAUGUGGAAUAAAAUUUCAUAUAUUAAUACA